GGCACAGGCUUCUCUUGAACGCGCCCGAUAUUCUUCGCAGACACCAUGCCAGCCCCUACGACCGCAGCCGCGAGCUCCAAAAAGCGAAAGAGCGCCAAGGAAACCAGCGCCCACUCUUCCAAACGCCGUGCAGUCGCCGAAAAUGAUAGCGCAGAUGCGAUGGCCGAAAUCCAGCACCUGGAAGACCAGAUCUCGGAGUCGCGAAAGCACUACAACAACAUCGCCACACUGAUUGGGAGGCUCAAUGUCGAUGGGAAUGGUGGAAAACCAAAUUUGGCGGUGGCAGUGGCCCUCUGCCGGGUCUUCAGCAGAUUGAUUGCUGCCGGAGAUCUUGGAGAGACAAACCGGGCCGCGGAAAAUGAGAGAAUCAUUGCGGCCUGGUUGAAGGAGCGUCUUCGCGAGUAUCAGAAUGCUUUGGGGAGUAUCAUUCGUAACAGCGAUUCUUCUUCUCAGAUCACGGCCAUGGCUUUGAGUAUGCGCCUGCUCCACGAACGCGCAGCAUACCUUCCCGAGGAUGACCUGCAACUAUGGACGUCUGGUAUAUUUAGGACCAUCGUUGAAUCGGUCAUCGAAGCCAGAAAUGGGGAGACAGUGCGGUCCGAGUUCCUCGAGAAAUUUGCGAAUGAAUACGAGGACGUGCGAUUCCACAUGUUUGCGCAGAUUGCGGAAUAUGCGGAAACCAAAAGAGAUUCAGAAACCAUCGAAACCCUCAUCUCCCUUCUCUCGGCCUGCGACACCGUGCCCUCUGCGGAACACAAAUUUGAAAACUUCUACACCAAGACCAGCAAGAAGAACAAAAAGCUCGUCUCCGUCAACGCACACAAGAAACGGGCGCAGGAUGCAUGGCUCGCGGUUCUCCGUAGCGACAUCUCCCCCUCGCAACGGAAAACCCUGCUGCGCAUCAUGGUCCACUCCAUCGAGCCCUGGUUCAACCGACCCGAACUGCUCAUGGACUUCCUGACCGACUCCUACAACGUCGGCGGCGCAACCUCGCUGCUCGCCCUCUCCGGUCUCUUCUACCUCAUCCAGGAGAAAAACCUCGACUACCCCCAGUUCUACCAGAAACUGUACUCCCUCCUCGACGCCAACCUCCUCCACUCCAAACACCGCUCCCGCUUCUUCCGUCUCAUGAACACCUUCCUCGCCUCCACCCAUCUUCCCGCCACCCUCAUCGCCAGCUUUAUCAAGCGUCUCGCGCGCCUCGCCCUCAACGCUCCCCCCACCGCCAUCGUCGCCAUGGUCCCCUUCAUGUACAACCUCCUGAAGAGCCACCCAACCUGCACCCUCAUGCUGCAUCGCCCGGUCCGCGACGACGCCACCAAGGCCCAGCUCGAGGCUGAGGGCAUGGACGACCCCUUCGAUGCGCAAGAGCCCGACCCCACCCGCACCAACGCCCUGGAGAGCAGUCUCUGGGAGAUCGAAACCCUCCAGUUCCACUACCACCCCAACGUGGCGGCCAUCGCGCGCAUCCUCGCCGAGCAGUUCACGAAACAAAUGUACAACCUGGAGGACUUCCUGGAUUAUACCUACCAGGGCAUGCUGCAGGCGGAGCUGGGAUCCGGCGACAAGCCGCUGAAGAGAAUCCCCGUGGUGGAAUAUCAAAUACCGAAGCGGAUCUUCACAGACCGGUUGCUGGAGGAGGAUGGUGGUCAGGAUACCGCCCCUGGGCAUCUUCUCAGAGGUCUGUGGGAUUUCUCUUGAGGGGUUAAAAUAUAGAUAUGUUUGUCGGUUUUUUUCUUUUCUUUUUAUUCUUCCUUUCAUAGCGUAUAUAUUUAGAUUUGUUUUCAUUUCCAUGUUGAACAAAUAAAAGCACGAUC